AUGGCGUCUGCCUUGCAGACAGUUCAAACUGACGCACUCACUUCUGUGUUUCAAGGUUUGAAGAGCAAAAAUCAUGAAACGAGGUCUCAGGCUGCUCAUGACCUCCGACGCUAUGUCUUAACCACCGUUGCAGAAAUGCCCUCGGAUACUGCGGCUAAGCUAUGGGAUGAUGAUAUUAAUCGUAGGAUAUUCGACUUGAUGCAUAGUCAGAAUACAGCGGAGAAUUUCGGUGGUCUGUUGGCUAUAGAUCAACUACUCGAUAUUGAGUCUGAAGAGACUAUUGAAUCAAAACUUAAUCUGUUCAGAUUCUACAACUAUGUGAAGCAUUUACUCCCAAAUGCAGAUGUCAACCUUAUGCUUGCAGCGUCCAAAACGUUGGGCCAGAUUGCGGAAAUCGGUGGCUCGGCAUUCGGCGAAAGAUUCAUGGACUUUGAGGUUCCAGCAGCCAUUGAUCUCGUUAAACAAGAGUCUCCGAGAUAUGCCGGCGUUCUUAUUCUCAAGGAGCUUGCCAGGAAUAGUCCCACAUACUUCCAUUCUCAUAUCAGCAUGGUGUUCGAGAACAUCCUUGUCUCCCUGCGGGAUCAGCGCGUCAUGGUCCGUGAAGGAGCCGCCGAACUCUUGGCUGCUUGUCUUGAAAUCAUCACUCAACGUGAACGUCAAACACGGAGCCCGUUCUUGACGAAGAUAUUACAGGAUGCUCAAGGUGGCUUAAAGUCAUCUCAGCCAGAGACCAUUCAUGGCUCUUUACUCACAUAUCGAGAGCUGCUCCUAUACGGCGGAAUGUUCAUGAAAGAAAACUUUAUGGACAGCGCAGAGCAGAUUCUUCGAUUCAAGAUGCAUAGAGAUAGCCUUGUGCGCAAAACAGUCAUCACUUUGAUUCCUACGUUGGCUCAAUAUGAUACUCAAACAUUCACGGAGCAUUUUCUGCAUAAAGCUAUGGGUCAUCUUUUGCAACAACUGGAGAAAUCUAGCGAACGUCACUACGCUUUUAUCGCUAUAGGACACACGGCCAAGCAAGUUGGAAGCGAUAUGAAACCUUUUUUGGACUCCAUCAUGAAGCAAAUCAAAAGCGGACUUCAAUCACGAGGGAGGAAGAAUGCACCUUCCGAAGAACCUAUCUUUCAAUGUGUUGGUAUGCUGGCGGAGGCUGUGGGCCCAAACUUGACCAAGCUUCUUCACGACCAGCUUGACCUUAUGUUUGCAUGCGGCCUGAGCGAAUCUUUGGUUCAGGCUCUCACAUAUAUUGCCCGGGAUAUUCCUCCGUUACUAAGGACCAUCCAAGACCGACUGCUUGAAAUAUUGUGUGUAAUACUAAGUGGACAGCCUUACAAACCUUUGGGCGCUCCGCCCUCUCUAGGGAGGACCGAAGUACCCGUCAUAAAUCGGGAUCUUAAUGUUUCGCAGGUCAGCGGGAACGGAAAGGACUCUGAACUAAUCACCCUCGCUCUAAAAACCUUGGGUGCAUUCGAUUUCAAUGGGCACACAUUGAACGAGGUCGUUCGAAGUUGUGCCCUACCAUAUCUAGAGGAUGACCAUCCGGAGGUCAGGCGCGCAGCAGCCUUGACUUGUUGCCGUCUCUUCAUGCAUGAUCCCAUUUGCUAUCAGGCGAGUAGUCAUGCCAUAGAGGUUAUAAGUGACGUUCUAGACAAACUCCUGACGGUUGGAAUCGCUGAUCCUGAUUCUACUAUACGACAAACUGUGCUAGCCUCGUUGCAUGAAAGAUUUGACAAGCAUCUUGCUCAAGCUGAGAACGUGCGAUCGCUGUUCAUUGCGUUGAACGAUGAAGUUUUCGAGAAUCGGGUGAAGGCUGUCGGUCUGAUUGGACGACUCGCGAAGCACAACCCAGCAUAUGUCAUGCCUUCACUCAGGAAGGCUCUCAUUCAACUUUUGACAGAAUUAGAGUACUCGACUGUCCGGCGAAGUCGGGAGGAAUGCACCAGUAUUCUCAGCGCUCUCAUUCAAGCUACGCAACGUAUAAUCAAGCCAUACGCGAUCCCUAUGCUUCGUGUUCUUCUCGGGAAAGCCAACGAUCCAAAUCCCAACGUCGCUGCAAAUAUCAUGCUAAGUCUCGGAGAGCUCACUUGCGCAGCUGGCGAAAGCGCUUUGCCUCAUAUCGAAAACUUGAUGCCGGUUAUCAUGUCCAAGCUUUCCGAUACCUCCUUAACUAAAAGGGACGCUGCGCUCAAAACUCUUGGACAAGUGUGCUCCAGUACUGGAUAUGUCAUCACUCCUUUGGUCGAUCACCCGCAGCUUUUACAAGUGUUAUGGAAGAUUUUACGCUCUGAUCCUGUUCAGAAUGUGCGACGGGAGGUUGUCAAAGUGCUGGGUAUCUUAGGCGCGGUGGAUCCGUAUCGACGGAAAGUAUGUAGCGCAGAUGAUGCGACAAGCGAAACUGCUGUCACGUCCGUAAACCAGGUCCCCAUAAGUCAGCCCGGCCCACCAAGUGCUUCCGAGGACUACUUCCAGACUGUGGUGAUCACUUCUCUCCUCACCGUGUUGAAAGAUCCUGCGUUGGGGAGCCAUCAUCAUGCCGUCAUAGAGGCAAUCAUGUCGAUCUUCAAGACGCAAGGCUUGAAAUCUGUCGCUUUUCUGCCUCAGAUAAUGCCUGCUUUUGCAACUGUUACUCGCAACUCAUCUGCCCGAUAUCAAGAGUUCCACCUGCAGCAACUUGCUAUUCUAGUUGGGAUCCUCAAACAACAUAUUCGCAACUACACCCACGAUAUUUUCGAAUUAAUCAACUAUCUUUGGGAAAAUGCAACCCUCCAUCUGCCAAUCGUUUCUCUUAUUGAAGCACUGGGAAAAGCUCUGAAUGCAGAGUUUAAACCAUUCCUGUCCGGAAUCAUUCCCUUAGUCUUGAAGGUGUUCGACGGUGAUCUUACUGACAAAAAAAUUAGCACUCAAAUGAAAGUUCUCGAUGCUUUCCAAACCUUUGGAGCGAAUAUCGAGGAGUAUUUGCACCUUGUUAUCCCUGUCAUCGUUAAAUCGUAUGAGCGCAUCGAUAGCACCCCGGCUCUGCGUAAAAGAGCAAUUCAGACUAUUGACGGACUGUCCAAGAGGGUAAACUUCUCCGACCACGCGUCGCGCAUUGUACAUCCGUUGGUUCGCGUACUUGACACCGCCACUCAGGAUGUCCGAGUCGCAGUUCUGGAUACUAUGUGCUCACUCGCGAUACAGCUGGGUUCGGACUUCGCUAUCUUUGUGCCCACCAUUAACAAGGCAGUUUUAAGAAAUCGAAUCACCCAUAUUCGCUAUGAGAAUCUUAUUUCCAAACUUCUCAAUGGAGAACGAUUACCUCAAGACGGACCUGCCGACAUAACAGUCUCCGAAAGCUCAAGGGGGUCUGAAAAUUCUGCUCCCGCUGAAACCUCCAGAAUGAUCGUAAACCAGCAGCAUUUGAAGCAAGCAUGGGACACAUCGGAUGUUUCUACAAAGGAGGAUUGGACAGCGUGGAUGCAUAAGCUGAGCGUGGAGUUUAUGAAGGAGUCACCAUCCCCUGCACUUCGCGCUUGUAUGAGUUUAGUGGAUGUGCACACUCCCCUAGCGAAGGAGCUGUUCAAUGCUGCGUUCUUGUCUUGCUGGACGGAGCUAUAUGAUCAAUAUCAGGAAGAUUUGAUUCGAAGCAUUGAAACAGCUAUUUCCGCCCCUUCUGCCCCCUCUGAACUCAUCCACCGAUGGUUGAAUCUGGCCGAGUUCAUGGAACAUGAAGAAAAGCCGCUGCCAAUUGAACAUCGCACGCUGGGCGAGUACGCCUUGAAGUACUUAGCCUAUGCAAAAGCCCUUCAUUACAAAGAGCUCGAGUAUUGGUCAGAACCGUCACCUUCAACCAUUGAAGCUCUCAUAACCAUCAACACUCGUCUACAACAACACGAUGCUGCAUGGGGAACUUUACUCAUGGCCCGUGAGCAAUAUGACGUUACGAGACACGAGGAAUGGUACGAGAGGCUUGGACGGUGGCAAGAGGCUCUCCAAGUCUAUAAUAAAAAGGCAGAAUCAGACCCGAAUGCUCCCGGCGUUCAGAUCGGCCGCAUGAAGUGUCUUAAUGCUUUAGGCGAAUGGGAUCAGCUGGCGGUCCAGGUAGAUGAAAUAUGGGAUCAUGCAAAUCAUGACGACCGUCGUGAAAUAGGACCGAUCGCCGCUGCUGCCGCUUGGUCGCUAAACGAGUGGGAUUCGAUGGACGACUACAUUGCUACCAUGCGACCUGAUUCGCCAGAUCGUGCCUUCUACCGUGCAAUAUUAUCCAUACACCAAAACCAGUUUUCGAAAGCAAAAACACAGAUAGCAAAAGCCAGAGACUUACUUUAUCCAGAAUUGACCUCUUUUGUUGGCGAAGGUUAUGUUAGCUCCUACAAUAUCAUGGUUCGAGCUCAAAUGCUUUCAGAGUUGGAGGAAAUCAUUUCCUAUAAGCAAAGUGCUGAUCAACCCGAUCGUCAGGCCACUAUGCGAAGGACAUGGAUGAAACGAUUGCAAGGGUGUCAACGUGACGUGGAAGUCUGGCAACGAAUACUUCAAGUACGCACUUUGGUGCUGAAACCGGAAGAUGCGCCUCAGAUGUGGAUCAAAUUCGCCAACCUUUGUCGCAAAUCUGAUCGCAUGGUCCUUGCUGAAAAGACGAUCGAAUUCCUACUCUCGGGUGACAGGAACCAUCAUCCUAUACGCGAACAACAAAGCCUAAAAGCAUCACCCGAUGUCGUAUAUGCUCAUCUCAAGUAUCUAUGGGCCACCGGCCUUCAACAAGAAAGCUUUAAGUAUCUCCAAGAGUUUUCCAAUAAGGUAUCGAAUGAUAUGUUGGAGAACGAACAUCAACGGUCCUCGGCGAUGAGACAGCGAGGUGAUCAACUCUCAAGGUUACUCGCCAGGUGCUACUUCAAAUUGGGGGAUUGGCAGGUUCAACUCAAUAGUGAUUGGAGUUCUGAUCCCCAUCUUGUCAAUAACAUCCUCGGCUGUUAUGUUCAUGCGACCCAAUACGAUCAAGAUUGGUACAAGGCGUGGCAUACCUGGGCUUUAGCAAAUGUAGAUGUUGUCAAUUACUUGGAGAGCCAAAGGGAAAGUGGGCAAAAUGUAUCCCAUACCGCUCUUGCAAAUCAUGCUGUCCAAGCAAUUGAAGGAUUGUUUCAAUCUAUCUCGUUGCGGAAUCAGGAUGCCUUGCAAGACACCCUUCGACUCCUAACUCUUUGGUUCAAAUUUGGAUCUAAUGAAAAUGUCAGUAAUGCGAUGACUAAAGGAUUUGCUAAAGUAGGCAUCGACACAUGGCUUCACGUCAUUCCACAGAUCAUUGCUAGAAUUCAAACACCGAAUUUGCUUAUUAGACGGACCAUCCAUAAUGUGCUGAUCAACAUAGGCAAACACCAUCCCCAAGCCCUGAUAUAUCCGCUUACUGUAGCAUCCAAAUCCUCCAGCGAAACCCGUGCAGAUGCUGCAAUUAGAAUCAUGGACGAGAUGCGCGACCACAGUAUGGAUAUCGUACAGCAGGCGCUUGUCAUUAGCCAUGAAAUUAUACGCAUUGCUAUAUUAUGGCACGAACAAUGGCACGAAGGCCUCGAAGAAGCCUCUCGUCUGUACUUCAACGAGAAGAAUCCGGAAGGCAUGAUUGCGGUACUUGAACCAUUGCAUGCCAAAUUAGAAGAGGGGCCACAAACUGCACGGGAAACAUCAUUUGCUCAAGUUUUCGGACGUGAAUUAGCUGAAGCUAGAGAAGUCUGCCGUCGGUAUCGUAUUCACGGGGAGACCAGUGAACUAGAUAAAGCUUGGGACAUUUAUUACGGUGUCUUUAAGAAAAUUGAGAAGCAGCUUCCGCAGCUCAUAACAUUGGACUUACAAUAUGUUUCUCCGGUCCUGUUGUCAAUCCGAAAUCUCAAAUUGGCAGUUCCAGGUACAUAUCAAAGUGGACGGGAUGUUGUUACGAUUGCAAGCUUUGCACAAAAGCUUUCCGUUAUCGCUUCCAAACAACGACCUCGUCGAUUUUCUCUGAAGGGAAGCGAUGGUAGAGAUUACCAAUAUCUUCUGAAAGGCCACGAAGAUCUUCGCCAGGACGAACGAGUCAUGCAACUUUUCAGCCUCGUUAACAACCUACUUUCUGUUGAUACUAACAGUUAUAUGCGACGUUUGCAUAUUCAGCGAUAUUCCAUCGUCCCUUUAGCUCCUAAUGCUGGCCUGCUUGGAUUGGUCCAAGGGAGCGAUACUUUACAUGUUCUCAUACGAGACUACCGAGAGUCAAGAAAAGUACUCCUUAACAUCGAAUAUCGCUUGAUGCUUCAGAUGGCUCCAGACUAUGAAAAUUUAACUCUCCUUCAAAAAGUCGAGGUAUUUGAGUACGCCUUGGAAAACACUACUGGCCAAGAUCUAUACCGGGUACUAUGGCUCAAAAGUCAGAACUCGGAACAUUGGUUAGAGCGUCGAUCCUCUUACACCCGCUCUCUUGCCGUUAACAGCAUGGUUGGACAUAUCCUUGGAUUGGGUGAUCGUCAUCCUUCAAAUAUACUCGUCGAAAGGAGCACGGGGAAAGUCAUCAACUGCGAUUUCGGUGAUUGUUUCGAGGUCGCAAUGACGCGUGAAAAGUUUCCUGAAACAGUCCCCUUCCGGCUGACGAGAAUGCUAACGCAGGCGAUGGAGGUUAGUGGCAUUGAAGGAAGUUUCCGGAAUACUUGUGAGAUUACGAUGAAGGUGCUGAGAGACAACAAAGAGUCCUUAAUGGCAGUGUUGGAGGCCUUCGUGUAUGACCCCUUGAUCAGUUGGAGAUUAAUGCAGACCGAUGAAGGAAGGAGAAUUGAAGCUGAAAAUUAUCCAGAUCCAGAUAACCCUGCCGAACUAGUUCGAGCUGCAGCUCAUCCGCAAGGGCCAAUACGACGUAAAUUUCGAGCAGAUGAAAACGACAUCUUUGGGGGUGCUACCCUUGCAGGGGAGCAGGUUGUGCGCGAGGUCCGAAAUGACCGUGCGGUAGCGGUGUAUGAACGCGUACAGAAGAAGUUGACAGGACGUGACUUCAACCCUGAGGAAUCUCUUUCAGUAAAAUCUCAGGUAGAUAAGCUGAUUAACCAGGCUACUUCACUAGAGAACCUUUGUCAACUUUUUUCCGGAUGGUGCGUGAAUCAAAUAUUCCUUUGUCGAAAUUCUGUGCUCACCUCUUUCUCAACUUCUUUAGGUGUGCGUUUUGGUGAUUCGUUUAUGGACGACUUGCUUGUGCUGUUGUCAUUGAUGUACUAUGUAUGA